CGGCCGAGGGCGGUGAUUUUUGAGGCUCCUGUGGAGGGAGGCUGAAGUUUGGGCCCCAGCCACUGUGUUCUCUCUUAGGUAGUGCUGCGUCCCGGCUGUUCCGCCGCCGCGGGGGGUUCUGGGACACGCCGUUCAAACCCUUCCGGCCAUCUUUCCACGCGCGGGAGUCUGACCUGGGGCUGCGCGCAGGUGGAGCUGGGCUCCCGGGCAUCACCGACCAAGGGCUGCUGGGAGUGCCGGGGGCCGUGCGUGAGGGAAUGGGCUUUGGUGGAUCGAUUCCGACCCCUUCCAGAGGCUCGGGCCGGGUGGGAUGGCGGCAGGUUCCUCUGGCUGCGCGUCUUGGGCGAGCAGCGGCCCCACGGAUCCCGUCGGCGUCCGGGAGGCGUUUGCCCAAGUUUCUCCCGCCCUGGGGAUCCGGAUGGAUUCUGUUUUGGGGGCUGGGAGGAGACGUUCGGUAAAGGUCCCACUGAACCCCGACUCUCACGAACCUCCCCUCCUGAGCCCCACAGAAAACUUCUGAGGUUUCUGUGAGAUUUAUGGCGUGUCCUGUUCGAGCUUCUUACCAACUGCGUCGCCAUAAGCGGAAAACUUCUGAAACAUUUUCCGUGCAGUGAUUUGAGGACUAAGCAAGCAACUUCUAAAUUUAUAUUAUUAUGUUUUAUUAUUUACAAAUAAUGGCUGUUAUAUUUUUCCUUCCCAGUGCCUAUACUUUUUUGCUUCCUUUUCUUGACCUAGUGUACGGACUAAACUCUCCAGUAUAAUGUUGAAGGGAAGUGGUAUUAGCAGACAUUCUUUGCUCCUCCUAGUUGUGUGUGCGUGUGUGUGUGUGUGUGUGUGUGUACGCGCGCGCGCCUUUCCCCGCCCCCCCCCCCCUUUCCAGGUUCAUUUAAUUGGUUUCUGCAGAUUGAGAUUUUUCCACCCCACCCAGAUAACGUUUAUUUCCAGGUCACUGACAUUUUUCUACAGCCCUUUGGAGCUGCAUAGCAAAGUGUGUUGGUGAGGGCAGGGAGCUAGGUGAUAUUAUUUAGCCUUUAUCUCUGUGAAACUACCAAAAAUACUGCUUAGACUCUUAACAAGCCUUUCUCUUAGAAAAGGGCAUCGAAUGCCAGGCUGAUUCCGCUGCAUUGUGCUGUGCUGGUUCUCCUUUGUUACCUCACCUUUCACAUCCAUGUUACCUUUAUUUCACAGAAGAAAAGCAUAUCUCCCCCAUAUUCAAGAUAUUAUAUUUUAUAAUCCCAAGGUUAAAAGCCUCUGGGGCAUCAAACAGCAGGACAGUUAGAAAUAUUGGAGGCCUUGACUUAAGGUGAUUGCCCAGAAGGACUGACAAAAUCUGGGCUCAGAGGGAAUGUAUCACUGAAAAUAAAUUUGCUCUUCGGUCUACAAGGUCCUGGCUGCACAGGAUCAAGAGAGAUCAAGUGAAAGAAGUAGGAGGAGGAUGCAGGACUUGGAUAUCAUCAUUUCAUGGGACACCCUUUACUGAACACAGAAUUCUGAACAGAAAUUUAGGGCAGAUCCAGUAGAGACUAAAAAGAAAAUAUCCCAGUUACUGCUCAUUUCCCAAGAACAGAAGAAAAUGACCAAGACCCAGGAAUCAUUGACAUUUGAUGAUGUGGCUGUGGAGUUCACCUGGGAGGAGUGGCAGCUACUGGGCCCUGCUCAGAAGGACCUGUACUGGGACGUGAUGUUGGAGAACCAUAGCAACCUGGUGUCACUGGGGUAUCAAGCUAGAAAAUUGUAUGUACUCCUCAGGUGGGAACAAGGAGAACAACCAUGGAUAGUAGUUGAAAUCCAUAGUCAAAUCCAUCCAGAAAUUGAGAGAGUUGAUGAUCUGCCAGAGUAUUCACAAAAUCAAAGAAUGCUAAAGAGAAUGGAACAAUGCUAUGAACAUAAUGCAUUUGGAAAUACUGUUCAACAGAACAAAACUUAUUGUCCUUUAAGACUAAAUCAUGAUAUGUUUGAUUUAUAUGGAAAAAUAUUGAAAUCAUAUUUAGGUUUAGUCAAUCAGAACAGAAGGUCUUUAAUAAAGGAGACUGCUGAGUUUAAUGGAAAUGGGAAACCCUUUCUCCAUGAUAACCAUGAGCAAAGUCAUACAAAUGGAAAUGGAAAACCCUUUCUCCAUGAUAACCAUGAGCAAAGUCGUACUGAAAAUAAAUUCCUUGAAAGUAGAAAAACAACCAGCACUAAGUCACAACUCCUUAACCAGCAGAAAACUUACAAAAUAGAGAAAACCCAUGAAUGUAUUGAAUGUGGGAAAGCUUUCACCAAGAAGUCUUGGCUCACUGAACAUAAGAGAAUUCAUACAGGAGAUAAACCCCAUGGAUGCAGUAUAUGUGGAAAAACCUUCUCCAAGAAGUUCAAGCUAACUGAACAUCAGAGAAUUCAUACAGGAGAGAAACCCCAUGGAUGCAAUGAAUGUGGGAAAGCCUUCACCAGUAAAUCUCAGCUUACUGAACAUCAGAAAAUUCAUACAGGAAAGAAACCCCAUGUAUGCAGCAUAUGUGGGAAAACCUUCCUCAAGAAAUGUCAGCUUACGAACCAUCAGAGAAUUCAUGCAGGAGAGAAACCCGAUGGAUGCAAUGAGUAUAUGAAAGCCUUCACCACUAAAUCUCAGCUUACUGAACAUCAGAAAACCCAUACAGGAAAGAAACCCCAUGUAUGCAACAUACAUGGGAAAACCUUCCUCAAGAACUGUCAGCUUAAUGAGCAUCAGAACAUGCAUACAGGAAAGAAACCUCACAAAUGCUGUAUAUGUGGGAAAGCAUUCUCCAGCAAGUCCUGCAUAGUGGAACAUCAGAAAAUUCACAAAGGAGAGAAGCCCCAUGUAUGCAGUCAAUGUGGGAAAGGCUUCCUCACAAAUUCUAGCUUGCUGAACAUCAGAACACUCACAGGAAAGAAACCUCAUGUAUGCAGUAUUUGUGGGAAAGCCUUCAUCAUGAAAUCUCAGCUUACUGAACAUCAGAAUGCUCAUACAGGAAAGAAACCCCAUGAAUGCAGUCUAUGUGGGAAAGCAUUCUCCAGAAACUUCAACCUAACUGAACGCCAGAGAACUCAUACAGGAGAGAAACCAUAUGAAUGUACUGUAUGUGGCAAAGCUUUCUACAGGAAGAGAGAACUCAUUGUACAUCAGAGAAAAGAAAGAGGAGAGAAACCCCAUGGAUGCAGUGAGUGUGGGAAAGAUUUCACCAAAAAAUCACAGCUCACUGUACAUCAGAAGCUCACACAGGAGAAAAAUCAUUUAUGAUGCAGUGAUUGCAGAAAAAACUUCAUUCCAAAGGGCAGUCUUGACUGUACAUCAACAAAACAACUAUAGAGAGAAAUGCUAUGGAUGCACUGAGUAUGUGAAAGCCUUCAGCUAAAGGCUUGCCUCAUAACAUCUCACAGGUUUCAGACAGGAGGAACUCCUUUUGAGUGUGGUUAAUGUGGAAAGUUCUCUUCACAGAAUUCAGAUCUCAAGACAUCAGAGAAUUCACAGAGGAGAGAAACCCUAUGAGUGCAGUGACUGUAUGAAACCUUUCACUAGAAAGAUAGUACUCAUUGUGCAUCAAAGCACUCAUACGGGACAGAGACCCUAUGACUGCAAGGACUGUGGGAAACUUUCUUCCACCUUUCCUUGUUAACUAUAAGAGAAUACAUGCAAGAGAAAAAAUACAUAGAUUGAGUGCAUUUGGAAGAUCCUUCCACAGAGUCAGUUUAUUGUCAUCUAGUGAUCUCAUGCAGGGGAAAAGCCCUCUCAGUACAGUGACUUUGCAAGUGCCUUUGCUGGCAGCUCAGACUUCAUUAAAUAUUAGCAGGCUCCCAGCAGAGAGGAAUGUAGCCCAGGCAUUUUGCAAUGGUCUGUUGCCAGAUUUGCUUGCAGGAGCUACCAGUUUGCCCAGGAGAGAAACCUUAUGCAAGUGAUAGUGCCUUCAGUGAUCAGUUACAUCUCAUUUUAUGUCACAAAAGCACAAAGGAAAGCUCACACACAUUGUCCUUGGGGCAAACAGAUUAUCAGUUAUUUGCUGCCUAGGCCUGGCCAGAAAAUAGAGACAGCCCCUACCAGGAGGCUGGGUGGUGGGUCGACAGCCUUUGCUGCCAAAGCCAUUAGGAAACAACCCCAUGAAAGUAAGGCACCCCAUUCUGAGCUGCCUUAAAUAGAGAAGACUGCAUCCCAAGCACAUGUUACUCCUUUAUCAAGGCCUGGGAUAGGGGACACCUGUCUGCUGUUCCCUGGUUGCCCUGCCCAGCUUGAGGACCUAUAAGUAAUAAACUCUUAAACUUCUCAUUGUGACUGUCAUUGAAGACACACCUGUGAUCAGACCUUAUAGAGCUAUGGAAACUUCCCUCAAGGAACCUCUUGGAGGCCUCACCCCUGCCACCAGCAAGCUGUUUGGCCACCAACUUCCCACAGAACGAGUGAGAGACAUGAUAAAAUGGUAAAGCCUUGAGCAAGAAUUUCUAGAUGAGCAAUUGUUCAGUAUGAAUGUUGAGAUGGGAAAGCCUUCUGUGGGAAGAUAGACAUUGUCAUCAGUACGCAUCAUAAAUUAGUGAGCUCAUGGUAGAAAUAUAAUGACUGUGGAAAAACUCUAGCUCUCACUAGGUGCCAGAGAGUUCACAUUGGGGAGAAACUCAGAAAGCAGUGACUGUGCAGGGUUUUCAGUGGUACAUUAUGCCACAUGAUUUGUCACAUGAAAUCAUAGAAAUAAAACUGUGAGCACACUGUGAAGCAUGUAGCAGAAGAAAGAAGCCCAGUGAACAUGGGCAAUGUUAGGGAGCUUUUCUGUUCCAUGUCCAACCUCAUUUUACCUCAGUUAAUAUACUUGAUGUACAUUUGUUGGAUGGGUUACCUUGAACCGUAUUCCUAGUUGGCUGUGUUAAUGAUUCCAUAACUUGAAAUGACGUAUACUCCACACCACUGGUUUUAAAGUUAUCACAAUAUAAUAACUUGACCCAUUUUUUCCCAUUGUCUUCCUUGUUCACCUGGUAUCAUAAUAUUAGUUCUUGCAUUUUUUUGACUCUAAACUUAUUUUAAGAUUAUUUCAGACAAUUAAAUUCCUUCCAAAAGAAGCAAAUAUAUUAAGUUCAUGAAUGUAAUUUAAUGUGUUUGGGAGUGUUUAACUUAAAUUUAUAAAUGGGACCAAGCAUUAUACAAUAUCACCUUCACUGUGAUUUCAGUUUCUCUACCAAAAACAGUAGGGAAAUAUGGUCUGCAAAAUGGAAAGCCCAAGAAUAAUUAGUCAUUUAACCUCAUAAAUUAAAUGUGAAAAUACAUCCUAACACAGCUUUCUUGGGAAUUUUUUUAAAACAUGACAAGAAAAAUCAACAUGAUAGUCACUUUGAACACAAAUUAAGAUAACUCUACUUGGUUCCUUCCUAGCUCCCCCUUUCCCUCAUUCAAAUUAUUAUUUUUUGAGUCCUUGAGCUACCCAGUUAUAGACUCCUGAAUAACAAGCCACCUGCACGCUUCUCCAUGGGGUAGUUUCCUGCCUAAUACUAUCCUUGGCCUCAUUGAUGGAACCACCUCACCAUUCUUUCUGGUAUCUGUUCCCAUUAUGUCUCAAACCAGUAGGACUCAGAGGUUGUCUUACAUGUCCUGGUAGCAUCUGAGGAAGAAAAGAUUAGUUUUUCAUAGACGAGUCAACAUUGGCUGGUUUCUCCUCUAUAGAGAGCUGAACAGACCACAUAGGAACAGGAAUAGGUGAAGGGGCUCUGGAAGAGUCAACUCACUCUAGUCUUAGAGCAGAAUACUAUAGGCCUUGGACCAAACUAUUUUCAGAGACUAAUCAGUGUAAUUAUUGAAGUGUGGUCUGGUGGACUGUCAGUAGGGCCUGGCACAAAACUGAGGCCAGCAUAAGGUUCAGGGUCAGGCCAAGUCUGCUGCUGGAAAACUAUGAUUUGAAUAAGGGCACCAAUUGGGUCACAGAAGCCAGGGGUGGCAGGCUGACAACAGAUUGGGUAUCUUAGUGGAAUUCUAAACAGAAUGAUUGCAUGGUGGUGAUGAUGUAUUUCUGUUUUCCUUUUUAAAAAGUUAUACGUGAUGCAAAAUAAUUUAGAGACACUUAGAACAUUUCCACUGGUUUCUUGAUGACUUUGACAAUGAAUAUGGAAUAUAUACGGAUCUUGAGUCAUGUACAAUCAUUAUUCCACAUUUCAGCUUUCAAACAAAGCAUAUUAUGACAAAUAUCAAAUCCCUCAACCAAAGCACCUGAGCAUAAGGACUUGAGUGUAAGUUAUAGAAUGUAAGAAUUAUACUGUAAGCUUCGUGAGGACAAGGAUCUUAUUUGUCUUGUUCACCUAUACUAGAUGUCUAGAAAAUUGACAUAGAGUAAGCUCUGAGUACACACUAUUCAGAUGACCAAAUCUCAUCUAAUAUGCAGUCUGGUCUUGUUGAAAACAAAGCAAGAGUCGAAAAGAUCAAACUGUUUCCAGGUAACUUAAAUGUAUUCCAGAACAAAGCUCAAGGAUAUAGGCAUACAAAAUAUCCAGCUACCCUCACACAUUGUAUCACACCCACUCACCCCUCUGUAAAAUUCAUAGUGUAUAGUGAGUUUGCCAAACUGCUAUGUCAGAAGGAACAGUCCCCACAAGACUGCCCUCAGUUCAGUCACCAGCCACAAGUUCAGGGGUUCCUAGGAUCACUUUCACUUCAGACCAGCUGGCCACAAAGAUAGGGGUUCCCAUGACCAUUCUUAGGGUUAAUAAAUCACAGGAAUGAAAGAAUUCAAUCAUGAAAGUGCUAUACUUAUGAUGAUAGUUUAUUUUAAGAGAAAGGGUACUUAUUAAACCAGCCAAAGGAAGAGAUGCAGAGGGUGAAGCCUACAAGGGUUCCAAAUGCAAAGUUUCCAUCAUCCUCAGUUCUGUAUCUUGAUUUUGUUGGUGGUUACACAAAUGUAUGCAUGUGAUAAAAAAUUGCAUAGAGAUAUACACACACUUAUGUGCACAAGUGCAUGUGAAACUGGUGACAUCUGAAUAUAUUCUGUGGAUUAAAUCCAUAUCAUUUUCCUGGUUUUUGUAUUUUACUAUUUUUCUGUAAAGGUGUUAACAUUAGGCAAGCUGAGUAAAGACUCCAUGGGACCUUUGUAUUAUUUUUGCAACUUUUUGUGAACCUGUAAUUAUUUCAAAAGAAAAAGUUUUUACAAAGUGUAAAAAAAAGGUGAUUUCCAGUCUUAAGUUAUUCUCAGUGACUUAAAAACUCUUAUAUUUGGUCAGUGGGCCUACCCUCAUUGACAUGUCUGUACACUAGUCUGUUAAUUUUCUUUAUAUUUAUUUCUGAUAGUUGAGUUUUUUAGUUAAUGUGCUUUCUCAUAGUGCAUUUUAAUACACAUUUUCUUCUAGAUAGGUUCUGUUGUUUAUACACCCACCAGAAGUGUAUGGAAAUGAAAAUUUCCUGGCACAUGGAAAUUCUGGUUUUGCUACUGUUUUAAAUUUGUCAAUAUUUACCAACAUGGUAUUUUAUUCGGA